AUGAUCGAUGAAAGGUUGCCUCUUUUUCGAGCCAAGCUACCAGGUCUUUACGCCGGCGGUGGAACCGGUCCAGAAGUUGGGCCAGGGUCUUAUGACUUAACGUUCAAUUCAUCACAACCAGGUCAUGGAGUGGCACCCUUUAAUACCACAAGCGAUAGGUUUGCCCCGCAUCAAACAGCCGCAUCACCUGGGGUUGGAACAUACAAUAUAAUCACGGAAAACCAACAAAAAGGAGACAUCUCGAUUGUUCCGUUUGCUUCUACGGUGGACCGUUUUUUCGGUCCUAGAGCGGAUGAUGUUCCUGGCCCAGGUGAAUACAAUCACGACGGAGAUAGAUGGGGUCGUACUGGGCGCUCAUAUACUGUGGGCAAAUCGCAUCCCGAAGGCUUUGCUGGAUCAGCUUCUGGCAGUCCAGGAGUGUAUUAUCCAAAUUACACCUCAGGCUGUCGUGCGCACCCACGAGCGGCAAAUUUUGCUAAGUACAGUUCCCGUGAACCUCCGCGGUUUAAUGACGUACCUGGACCAGGACAUUACGACGUUUCUGAUUCAGGCAAUGCUCUGUACGAUAGAAAACCGACUUCUAUGUUUGCAACAAAGACAAUGCGAUCCAUGAUUGGCGGUGCAAGUAAAAAUCCAGGGCCAGGUGCUUAUGAUAUACCCGCUAUGUUUCAAACGUUGGAACAAUAUCGUAAUGAGAAUCCUGAAAAUUUUUCCGCUUUUGGUUCGUCAGCGCCUCGUGACAAGAGAGAUUGGCGCGAUAAUGAGCCAGGUCCAGGUGCGUACACUGGAGAGAUUGCACCACGCCGACCACGUGCACAAUGCAAAGGCAAAGGGACUUCUUCGUUUGUUUCGGGAUCAGAGCGUAACAGGCUACCUAUGGGCACAAACCUUGGACCAGGAGCUUAUGGAGCUGAUAAACCAGCGAAAAUGCAGAAAUACGAGUUGGCUUCGGUACCUUUUCGCUCCACUUUAUCGAGGUUUCCUAUUUCAAAGCUUCCUGAGGAGACCGGGGUUUUCGAAGCUCGUCAUCCUGUCGUACGUGUUCCGCGUCGUAUUCAUCCGGCACGUGUAAGGCACGAAACUUUUGCUCGUUCUACUGGUAAUGGUCCAGUAAAUCCUUCUACAGACCGUGUCUAUGAUGUGAAAUAUGAUUGGCCUAAGCCUAGUUGCACUAGUGGUGCAUAUUUGGGUACGGCUCCUCGUUUCAAGAAUAAAGAUCUGAGCAAUUCUUACCCUGGUCCUGGUCAUUAUGAUGUUGCUGAGAAGGUGGGUUCAGGCGGAAGUCGGUUUAUGAAUACCACAUGGGGCACUGAUGGAAGGUUUAAGCGCGAUCUUGAGUGUAACCCUGGCCCUGGACACUAUUCUUACAACAGUACCUUGUUGACAAAAACCUUUAAUUGCACUUUUGGGUCUUCAGACGAUCUGUAA